AUGAUCAUCAGGCUGGGGGUGAUCUAUUCCCUGUAUGUCUCCGAGUACUUCUCCCAGAGCGCACAGAAGCUGUCCUUCUACAGCUGGUAUGGGAACGCCAAGCUCUUCCACUUCCAUGUGCCAGAAGACACUGUGCUGCUCCGUUGGCUCCUGCAGGCAUCCCGGGGGAAAGGACCCGAGUGCACCAGCAUGGAGAUCACAGUGCACUUUCGCCACGGAGCCCCUCCCGUGAUCAACCCCCUGGGCACUCGCUUCCCUGCCAACGCCACCGUCCGUCCUUCCUACAACAUCAGCAUCACCCUGAGCAGUGCUGUGCAGAACACCACCUUCGUGAACGUCACCACCCCCGCUGCAGGGGACUGGUUCAUCGCUGCCCACCUGCCCGAGGCUGCCGGCAGGAUCGAGGUGAAGGGUUUCUCCACUCCAUGCCCCUAUAUGUUCCAGGCAGAUAUGUUUGUGCUCAGACUCACUGAUAUGCCUGUCCUGGAGCCUGGUGUUCCCAUGCCACACACGGUUGUCUCGCCUGCUAAGCCACUGCAUGUCAAGGUCUUCGUCCCCAAACACGCCGCGGGGAUGCGGUUCCAGCUGCGGAGCUGCCUGACAAGCGACCAGAAAGCGUGUGCUGUGCGGGUGGUGCUGGGCUCCAUCACACUGCCCCAGUCCUUCCAGAAGACCCUCACCUGCACAGGGAGUGCAAACUGCAGCCUGGCCCUGGAUUCGCCCCCCUGGGAGAAGUGGCUGCAGGUCAUGGUGGAGAGUCUCGGCACUGCCAAUGCCAGCGUGUCCGUGGAGAUGCUGGCUUCUUUCACAGUUUGCAGACCAGGAAGCGCCAGUUCCUUCCUUAACUUCAUCAGCCUAAACCAGAGCCAGGCUGGUGCCAGACCAGGUACCACAGGGGCCGCAGGGAGCUCUGCUCAGGCUGCUGGAGAGGCUCCACGCAACACAUCUGGCCAGAGGAGCUCCUGCCUGCAGAACCAGCCCGUGGUCCGUGAGGACCUGGAUGUUGUGUCGGUGCGCUACAGGCUCCUCAACGGCCCCAGCGUGCCCGUGAACUCCCUGUCCCCCACCCUGCUCCUGCUCAACCUGAACACUGGCAUGGACAGCGGGGGUUCCCUCGUGGUCAGUCUCCUGCUUAACAAGACAUCUGUGAGCCUGGCCAAUGCCACCGUGGUUGGAUGUGUGAGCGCUGCCUCCCCGGUGCUGUCCCUCAACGCCACACGGAACUGCAGCACAGCUUUUUCCCAGGGCUACCCUCUGAGCGUGAGCACAUCCUCUGCAGAGGCAAUGCUGAUUGUCCUGUACCCUCAGACUGAUGACUGGUUCCUGUCCCUGCAGCUGCUCUGCCCAAAGGGCCAGGGAGAAUGUCCCAGUGCAGAAGCCAAAGUGACGGUGUUCGCGUACCUCACCCCCUGCUUCAACGACUGCGGCCCCUACGGGCAGUGCAGCCUCCUGAGGAGACACGGGUACCUCUACGCUGCCUGCAGCUGCAAGGCUGGUUGGGGUGGGUGGAGCUGCACGGACGACACCAAGGCCCAGUCCAUCGGGGCACAGAACUUGGCCACCCUCCUGCUCACCCUGAGCAACCUCAUGUUCCUGCCAGCCAUAGCAGUCGCUGUCCAUCGCUACUACCUGGUGGAGGCCUCUGUCUACACCUACACCAUGUUCUUCUCCACGUUCUACCACGCGUGUGACCAGCCGGGCGUCGCAGUGAUGUGCAUCAUGGACUACGACACGCUCCAGUACUGUGACUUCCUGGGCUCCGUGGUGUCCAUCUGGGUGACCAUCCUGUGCAUGGCCCGGGUGAAGAAGAUCCUGAAAUACGUAAGUGUCAGGAGUUUGGCUCGUGAACCUGCAUGCUUGGAGGGACCUGGCCUGAAGGGACUGAGGUUUGGGGGAAAGGUCCUUUUCAUCUUGGGGACCUUGUUAAUUGCCAUGUCCCUGCAGCUGGACCGCAGAGGGGUGUGGAACAUGAUGGGUCCCUGCCUCUUCGCCCUCGUCAUCAUGAUUGCAGCGUGGGUUCACCAUGGAACCAAACGCAGACACUGCUACCCCUCCUCGUGGAAGCGCUGGGUCUUCUACCUCCUCCCAGGGAUCACCUUGGCUUUCAUUGCCAUCUCAGUGUAUGCAUUCAUGGAAACCAAUGAGAACUACUACUACACCCACAGCAUCUGGCACGUGCUGGUGGCCUGCAGUGUCGCUUUCCUGCUCCCUCCUCGGGACAAGCAUAAGAAGCCCUGGGCUUGGUCCAAGAAGCUCACUUGUCGCUACCAGAUCUGCCAGAACGACCGUGAGGAGCUCUACGCCGUGACCUGACCUGCCCAGCUCCCUCUCGUGGGGGUGGAGGGCUGGGGAAGCUGCUCUUUGCCUGGGCUGCCCCUCGCACAUGGUCAAUCCUCUUACUGCUCAUCCCCUGGCCAGGAGGGCCCAGUGUGGACCGGGUUGAAAGGUGAAGAUGGUGGGCUGGUCUUGUGGAGAUGAGUUUGAGGCCACCUCUGCUUUUCUGCUGGGAUGGGGCAGGCUCUUCGUGGUUCCAGAUCAAGGAAUAGCCUGUCCCCCACCUCCCCAUGGCCCUGGGGGAAAUUGCCGACCCUUUUUUCCCCCCUGCUGCAUCCAUGAGGCUUGGGCUUUGCCCAUGCUGAGCUGGAGCCAAGGCUUUGGCUGCUGGGCUCUUCUCUCUGCCCCCUGUCCUGGCAGAGGCCUGUGGGACAGGGCUUCCCCUGCCAUCCUGCAGUCAGCAUUUGAACCCAAGAGAAGUUCUUCUGAUCUGGGGGGCAAAUGCUGCUGCAUGCCCUUGGUGCUGAUGGGGAGGGAGGGAGCUGAUCUCUGGGGGUGCUGGGCCCGUGGCCUCAGCUUCCACCGGGGUCUGGAGCCUCUCUCCCUGUGAAACAGGUGCUGCUGCUCCUACCUGGUCCUGAUUCUGGGGGGGGGAGAAGAAUGAGGCUGGGACUUGGGCCCUGGAUUCAGGAUCAGACUUGGCACGAAUGUGAAAAACCCCAUGUGGGGACAUGCAAGAGGCAGCAGCGGCAUCUCAGCCAGAGCUGUGAAACCUGCAGCAGUGCAGGGUUUAGUCUAAGUUUAACUUGAGCUCUGUAAGGAUCCAGGCUGCUGGUGUUCAGGGAUUCACUGUUUUCCUCCUUUUCGGGGGGUUUGGCGUGGGCAGAGCUCCGCCUGGGUGGUCCAGGAUGGUGCCUGAGCUGUACAGCCCUGCUUCUCCAGCCUGCUGUGCCUCAGGGGUUGGAUGUGCUGCAGAGUCCUGGCUGAUCUGAGGCCACUGCAGUGCCCUACCCCAGCCAGGAGCAUCACCAUGGUCUCCCGAGGUGGCCAUGGUCUCCUUUGCAGCGUCUGUCUCACCUUAGCCUUACUUUAGGGCACGCAGAAAGCAAAGGCAGAAACUUGGCAACCAGGGAAGUUGUCUUUGCCCAUCCUUAAUCUACAGAAAAGGGCUCAAAUCCAUCGUUCCUUGCUGGUUUCAUUCCAGCUGUGGUUGGUCUGGUGUGUGCUGCUGGGAGCCCCUCAGGUGGCUUUGGGGAGGAAAGAGCUACUAAUGAAGGAUUUGCCUCCUCGGGGUUAUUUCUUUGCUUUGAAGAGCACCCAGCUCAGCUCUGCACUUUAUCCCUCUGCCUCCCCUUCCUCUGCAAACUCCCACUUUUUAAGCCGAUGCAGGACAAGUGAAGGACACUUGUCUGCACCCAGCAGUGUCACCCCCCCAUCACCACCCGUGUCCCCCAUCUUUCAUUUGCUGCUGCCAUCCAGGACAGCACGGCAGGAGGGGGGAUGUUGGGCCCUCAGGGCUUCCUCCAACUUUGACCACUUUUAGGCACUUUUUUCCCCCUGUCUUGGUUUGCACAGCGGCGUUGUGGCCCCAGCACUGUGGAGGUGACCGCCGCUCCUUCACAGCCGUGCCGUCCGUGCCAGGCCGCCGGGGUGGCCUGGGGGCCACCAGUGUGACCUGGGGGCCACUAGUGUGACCUGAGUGUGCUGCCAGUGUGACCCAGGUGCCACUGGUGUUGACAUGGGUGCUGUUGGUGUGACCCAGGUGCCACCAGUGUGGGUGUGUACUGCCGGUGUGACCCAGGUUCCACUGCUGUGACCUGCGUGCCACCAGUGUGACCCAGCAGCUACCACUGUGAUCUGGGCACUGCUGGUGUGACCCAGGUGCUGCCAGUGUGACCUGGGUGCCACCAGCGUGAUCCAGGUGCCACCAAUGUGACCUGGGUGCUGCCGGUGUGACCCAGGUUACCUUGGUGUGUCUGUGUGCUGCCAGUGUGACCCAGGUGCCACCUGUGUGACCUGGGUGCCACCGGUGAGAUCUGGGUGCUGCUAGUGUGACCCAGGUGCCACCAGUGUGACCUGGAUGCUGUCAGUGUGAUCUGGGCACCACCAGCAUGACCCAGGUGCUGCCAGUGUGACCUGGGUGCUGCUGGUGUGACCCAGGUGCCACCAGUGCGGGUGUGUGCUGCCAGGGUGACCUGAUGCCACUGGUGUGGCCGGGUGUCACCGGUUACCAUAGAAAGCAAUAAUUCCUCAUCGGGCCUUUCCCUUCAGGGAUUUCUGUGCUGGAAGCAGGAGAAGCUUUGGGGUGAGAAAUCCCACUGACAUGAUUGUUUAUUUUGUGUUUGAUUGUUCGUUCUGCUUUGCCCUCCCACUGCUGGCCUGGCCCGAGCUUGGGUUGGUGCCUGCAGCAGAAGGGGGGGUGUUAAUUAUUCUGGGUAAAAUUUGAGCAAAUUCCUGUGUCUGGGGAAAAAAAAAAAAAAGGUUAUUUUUUUUCUUUGCUGUUAAUACCUGUGAUUAUUUUAUACGGUAAAUUUUAAAGCUUAUGGUUUUAUAAUUUAAUAAAGGUGACGGUAUUUGCGGGCAGGCACGUGGUGGCUGCAGUCACAGAAUCACAAAAUUAUUGGGGUUGGAAGUGACCUCUGGAGAUCAUCCAGUUCAACCUGGAGCAGGUGACACAGGAAGGAGUCCAGGUGGGUUUGGAAUGUCUCCGGAGAGGGAGAUUCCACGCCCUCCCUGGGCACCUAUUCCAGCGCUCUGACACCCUCAGUGUGAAGAAGUUCUUCUGCACAGAAUCACUGAAUAUCCUGAGCUGGGAGGGACCCACAGGGAUCAC